UUUUAAUUCCCCAAACAACAAAGAGACUUUUCCGGCUAUUCGAGGGAAGAAAGAAAGUUUGGGUAAAUCAAAAAUCGCAAUUGAGAUUAAUGGCGAUGGAAAUAGCAACUCCGGUUCAUGCACCGGAACCAACUCCGGUGAGCAACAUCAUCGUGUCAGCAACAACCGCCGAGGAAUCUCAGAAAAAGAACAGGAUUCAAGUUUCCAACACCAAGAAACCCUUGUUCUUCUACGUUAAUCUCGCCAAGAGGUACAUUCAACAGCACAACGAGGUCGAGCUUUCUGCACUUGGAAUGGCGAUCACAACAGUGGUUACGAUAUCAGAAAUAUUGAAGAACAAUGGACUUGCAAAAGAGAAAAAAGUACUGACAUCGACAGUGGGAAUGAAAGACGAGAACAAAGGGAGAAUUGAGAUUGUGUUGGGGAAAUCAGACAAAUUCGACUCUUUGAUGACUCCGGUGACCAAUGUUAUGGUGCCAAAGAAGGACGAGGAGGAGGAGGAGACGAAUGCAGAGGAGAAACCAGCAGAAAGCAAAGCCGAGGUUGAAGGCAAAGACUGAUCAUCUAUAACAAAAACUUGUAUAUGAUUCUUUAGUUAUGGAUUUCGGCCGAGAACAUGUUGCCCUAGCUUCUUACGAAAUUCUUUUAUUAAAAAAAAAAAAAAUUAACCACAACGACGAGCAUACUCUGUUUGUGACAGAAUGUUUACUUACUAACUCAAAAAAAAAUACUAUGGAAAGGCAAUGAAAUGUUGUUUUGUUGAUUAAUCUUUUUGUUCUCUCUCUUUGUUGAACAAAUGACAAUGAUUUUUCUUGGAG